UCAAGAAGCAACAUGGCGGCGACUUGCAUGAAAACAAGUUUCGGAAAUGUGUAAAUUGUGCCGUUUAGCUUCAAAUAACACAACAUUAGAAGGUUUAUUUGUAUUGUCAAGAACAAUCAAACAGUAGGAUGUCCUACAGACCACAGCCGACCCGCCACAGCAUGAACGGGGCCUUUGGAACGCCACUCAUGGAUGGUAUGGAGGUGAACGGCACAUCACAGAAUGGUCAGGUGGCAAGCAGUCAGCCAAUGGGCUUGAGGACUAUUGACCCAGAGGCUCUGAAGAAACGCUUGCAUUCUUAUGCACCACAGCAAGCAAAAAGACAUUCCAAUUCUCUAAAUUUUGGAAGGGUCACAAUAGCUCAGAUGAAGAAAGGUAAAAGUCCUGGGGCCACAAACUUUGAACCAGUGCCUAGCCUAAAGAAAUAUCAAGAGAGGAACCAGCCGGAGUUUCUACAGAGGAAAUUCCGAGAAGAGCAAUCAGCCAGGGGAACACUCAUCCAGAAAGAUGAGCCAGCCUCCAAGAAAAUGCGACGACAGGGAUCGGUCCUGGAUCCCCUGGAAAGGAGUGCAGAGUCUCCCCUACCGGAACUUCCGGAGGAUCUCAAAACCAAACAGGAAUCCCUAAUAAAGAUGCCAACUCCUCCCAAAUCCCCCAAACCAGCGUCCCCUAGAAGCAAGGCUCACGCCCAGGGACCAAAGAUAUCACAGUCAACCAAACCAAAAAUGCUGGAGUCAUUUGAGGGACUGUGUGACGCCCAGGAAAUAAUAGACAUUAUCAAGGCCGACAGAGGCGUAGGCUUUAUGUACCUCAGUCCCGCCGUGCCAAAAACAUCCGUCAAAUACCACUACUACAACCUCAAGGUCGUGAACCAUGAAAAUAUCAACAAAGCGGACUACUGCACAAUCAGCCAGCAGGGUGCGGCCCGCAUGAGGAAUGACGACGAAACAGAGUUUGUCACCUUGGACCGCUGGGAACAGGAAUUUCACUACUUUCAGAAACUUAUCAAGAUCCGAACUUUUGCGCUGUUCAGGAAGUGGAAAGCGUUCAGUGUGUGGCGUAAAAACGUGAGAACAAAGCGACUGAAGUCCUGCACCAAGUCUCUGAACGAGAACCUGUUCAUCGUCAACCCGUCGUUGCGGCCGGCACUGCUGAACGUACGAGAGAUGUGUCACCGUAUCAGUGACAUGGGUCUGUGUAAGGUAGAGAAGGGUAACACCUACACUCUCAAUGACUUCAAGGACGCCCAGUUCAAACAGCUGGAAGAGGUUGCGGGUCGACUGACUGAGUUCCGUGAGCUGGUGAAGGAGGUAGUACGCAGUGCCUGUAGGACUGCUCUCCUUGAGGCGGGCUUCACGCCUGACGAUUACUUCUACGAUGGUGCCGAGAGUCCCGGUCUCAUGGGUGAUGCUGCUCCAGGGACAUCCUCCAGCUAUCUCAUGCCCAGUAAUUAUGAUAUGGACAUCUAUGGCGAGGCACCUGACAGAAUGACUUACACUGAACAAGCCAACAAACGCUCCCACUGUAAACAGCUCACGAACUUUAUCCGUCUGGCUGACUACCUCAUUGUAAACACAAUGCAUGUUCUGGCUGUGAACUCUGUGUCCACGUUACUGAAUUACCUCACCGAGCAGUUGUCGGCCACGCCAACCAUCGCUCAAAUUCAGGCUUAUGCCGAUGAGGCCAAGGAAGAAGCAGACAAGCUGAUUGAAGAUGCAGAUGCUGAAAAGUCUAAAAAGGAUGAAAAAGAAAAGGUGAAAGAAGUUCAAAGUACUGAAACUAUGGCAACGACGGACGAUGAUGAAGUUCCUCAGGCCCCACCACUGUUUAUAUCUGAGUUUGUCCUGGAGCCGAACCAACUCCUGUUCCAGCCGGACCUGGAGGACUUCCAGGAGGGUCUGAAGGAUGUGAUCCAGAAAUUCCAAGAUGCCGUCCUCUCCGUACAGAAUCUUGUACCUGACACCUACUUUGAUGCCUUUACGAGGCCGAUCAUCAACAACAAAUUUGAGGAGAAGAGUUGCGGUGAUGGACCGAGCCUCACUACCAUGUUCGAGGAUGACAAACAUCUGAACACCAUCAUAGAUAACAUCAAGGAUGCUACAGCAGCCGCCUUCAAUGCCGCCUCACAGUACGCGGACACCUUCGAACCUCACCGCGAAUUCUUCAGGGAGAACGAAAGCAUGGACCUGGAGGCUGUCAAAACACAGGAACAUGAUGUUGCAUUCUUCACGGAGGCUUUGGAACGCUACAACGGCCAGCACCGCAUGGCCCAGGUGAUCAAGGAGAAGCGACCAAUCGGGAUGUUACUGGUCGAUGGCACCAAGAUGAAGAACCUGUUGAUACCUUCACCAUUACGCUGCCUUGAUGUGGUGAAUGACCUACUGCCAAUAAAGGCCCACAACGAGGUGAACCGUCUGAUCGCUGAGCUACAGGACGCCCAGUUCAAGUUAGAAUUUGCACCGACUACAACUAUGGAGUUUGUAAAGACCUUGACCUUCCUGGACGACAUUCAAGUCAGGAUUGAUCCAGCAGAGAAGGAGGCAAUGAUUGUGAAGGACAUGUACGAGUUGAUAGAGUUGUACAACGUCCCAACUCCUCCCGAGGACUUCGCUGUCUACCAGACGCUGAGUCCGAGCAUUACAAAUGUGCGAAACGCCAUUGACAAGAGUCUGACUGAACGAGAUGCCAACAUUGACAAGUUCUGUACCCAUCUCGACAAGGACAUCGCAGAACUAGCGAAGGAGGUCAAGGAGGUCAAACAGGAGGCCCAGAACCCUAUGAUCUUAGAUGUGAACUCCGAGAAGGACAAAGUGAAGAAUAUUCUGUCCCGCUUAUUGACCCAAAUGGAUGACCUCCAGAAACGUGCUUUCACCUACAAAUCAUAUCAAAAGAACUUUAAGGUAGAGGUGACUAAGUUUGACGCACUAGAGGAAGCUCAUGCUGAGCUCAAACUGAAGGAGUUGCUGUGGACCGCUAUUGACGACUGGGACAAUCUCCUCCUGGACUGGACCACCGUUCCGUUUGAGACGUUGGAUCCCGAAACCAUGUCAUCAACUACAAUGAGGUAUGCCAAGUCUGUGAUGCAGCUGGAAAAAGGGCUGCCCCCUAACGCGGUCGUACCGGUACUCAAAGAGAAGGUCGAGGAAAUGAGAGAGAGGCUGCCCGUGAUAACGGACUUAAGAAACCCGACACUGAAGCCUCGCCAUUGGGAAAUGAUUGAGAAUAUACUCGACCACAAAUUUACCCCAGAGGAUCCCCUCACCUUGGGAAAACUCACCGACAUACAGGCAUUCAAGAAUGCCGAGGCUCUCCAGGAGGUUUCAGGCAAGGCCAGUUCGGAGGCCAGUCUGGAGAGCAUCCUCAAAAAGGUUGAGGACUCGUGGAAGACCACAGAGUUCAUGGUACUCUUCCACAAAGAUAGCAGGGAUGUGUUCAUCCUUGGUGGGACUGAUGAAAUCCAACAGCUCCUUGACGACAGCAACAUCAACAUAGCAACCAUUGCCAGCUCCCGUCACGUCGGACCAAUCAAAUCCCGUGUUGAUGACUGGGUCAAACAGCUUGACCUCUUCGGCAAAACUUUGGAUGAGUGGUUGACCUGCCAGCGAGCCUGGUUGUACCUGGAGUCGAUCUUCAGCGCCCCCGACAUUCAGCGUCAGCUGCCAGCUGAGGCCAAGAUGUUCAUGCAGGUGGACAAAUCCUACAAGGACAUCAUGAGAAAGGUGAACAAAGUGCCACUAGCCAUCCGUGCAGCUACACAGCCUGGACUGCUGGAAACAUUCCAGAACAAUAACGCCCUCCUAGACCAGAUCCAGAAGUGUCUGGAGGCCUACCUCGAGUCCAAGCGGGCCGUCUUUCCCAGGUUUUACUUCCUGUCUAAUGACGAGUUGCUGGAGAUUCUGGCCCAGACAAGGAAUCCCCUGGCUGUACAACCCCAUCUCAGGAAGUGCUUCGACGCCAUCGCCAAACUUGAGUUUGGCAUCCAGUCCGACCAGGCCGAGGACCAGGAAAUACAAUACAGCAAUGACAUUUUGGCCAUGGUGUCUCCGGAAAGUGAGAAAGUCAGUCUGGGCAGGGGGCUGAAGGCCAGAGGCAAUGUAGAGGACUGGCUUGGUAAGGUAGAGGAGGCUAUGUUUUCCAACCUUCGUCGUCUCACCAAAGCAGCUAUUGGCGACUUUGAGAAACGUCCCCGUAAGGAAUGGGUUGUCUCCCAUGCUUCUCAGAUUGUGUUGGCCGUGUCACAGAUCGUCUGGUGUCGCGAUGUGACAGAGAUCCUGGAAAGUGACACCUUUGACCGUUUGGAAGGAAUGAAAGAAUUUGAACAGAAAAACUUCAGGGACCUGAAUGAGUUGGCCAGUGUGGUACGUCAGGAGAUCCCCAAACUAGCUCGCGCUAACCUGUGUGCCCUCAUCACCAUCGACGUACACGGCAGGGACAUGAUCACAGAAAUGUGUCAAAACAAGGUGGACGAUGUGAACAGCUUUGAGUGGCAGAAACAGCUGCGGUAUUACUGGGACCUGGAGAUGGACAACUGUGCCAUCCGUAUGUCAAACUCCCUGUAUGUGUGUGGGUACGAGUACCUGGGGGCGUCUGCUCGUCUCGUCAUCACUCCGCUCACUGACCGCUGCUAUCUGUGCCUCAUGGGGGCGCUACAGCUCGACCUCGGCGGAGCUCCAGCAGGUCCCGCAGGGACUGGCAAAACUGAGACGACAAAAGAUCUAGCAAAGGCCCUGUCUAAACAGUGUGUCGUCUUUAACUGCUCCGAUGGGCUCGACUACAAGAUGAUGGGUCGAUUCUUCUCUGGUCUGGCUCAGUCCGGGGCCUGGUGCUGCUUUGACGAGUUUAACCGUAUCGACAUUGAAGUGUUGUCUGUGAUCGCCCAGCAGCUGAUCACCAUAAGGAACGCCAAAAUCGCUAAGGUAUCAAGGUUUAUGUUUGAGGGUCGCGAGAUCAAGCUCAUCUCUACCUGUGCUGCCUUCAUCACCAUGAACCCAGGAUAUGCCGGCCGUACAGAGCUACCAGACAACCUUAAGGCACUGUUCCGACCCUUCGCCAUGAUGGUACCAGACUAUCGUCUGAUCGCUGAAGUGAUUCUUUACUCGGAGGGUUUCGAGUCCUCCAAGAAUUUGGCUCAGAAGAUGACACAGAUGUACAAGCUGUGUAGUGAACAACUUUCCCAACAAGAUCAUUACGACUUCGGCAUGCGUGCCGUCAAGUCUGUGCUGGUGAUGGCUGGAGCCCUGAAGAGACAGAACCCUGACAAGAGUGAGGAUGUGGUGCUGAUUCGUGCUCUCCGCGACAGCAAUCUGCCCAAGUUCCUUCAACAAGACGCUCUCCUGUUCCAGGCCAUUCUACAAGAUCUGUUCCCAGGCGUCGAGAUUCCAGAGCACGACUACGGUCGUCUGCGUGAGGAAAUCAUCAACGUGGUGGAAGCGAAGAACCUCCAGGUGGUGGAAACCCAGAUCACUAAGAUUAUACAACUGUACGAGACCAUGGUAGUACGACACGGUGUCAUGUUGGUCGGACCGACCGGAGGCGGCAAGACCUCCGUCUACAAGGUACUUGGGGAUACCCUGACAAAUCUCCACACCGCCAAAGAGGCCAAUGAUUUCUACCAGCCCGUGCACACAUAUGUGAUGAACCCCAAAGCCAUUACUAUGGAGGAAUUGUACGGAGGCAUCAACAAACUCACGCUAGAGUGGGCCGAUGGUCUCAUGGCCAUCACCGUCAGGAAGUGUGUCACGGACACAUCUGAGGACCACCAGUGGGUGGUGUGUGACGGCCCCGUGGACGCCCUGUGGAUUGAAAACAUGAACACUGUCCUGGAUGAUAACAAGAUGUUGUGUCUCGCUAACAGUGAACGUAUCAAGUUCACCCCGUUUAUACACAUGUUGUUCGAGGUUCAGGACUUGGCGGUGGCCUCCCCUGCCACUGUUAGCCGCUGCGGCAUGGUGUUCAUUGACGCGGAAGAGCUGAAGUGGAUGCCGUACGCUCAGACAUGGAUCACACAAUUCUCCGAGAAGAUGAAGCCGGAGACGUCUGAAUAUCUGCUGGAGCUAUUCAAACGUUACAUAGAAUCUGGUCUCGUGUAUGUGCACAAGAAGUGUACCCAGGCCAUAAACCAGGUGGACAUCAGCAAGGUUGCCAUGCUGUGCAAUCUUCUGGAGUCGCUGCUGUUCCGACGUGGCGGCCCCGACUUCAGCAUGGACGCCAGUAAGCUCAACAUCAUUGUGUGUACAACCUUCGUGUUCUGCUACGUGUGGUCCAUUGGAGGCAACCUCAUCGAAACCAACUGGGAUGCCUUCGACUCCUUCUGCCGAAGUCUGUUUGAUGACAACGGAGAUGCAAAGUUGCCAGCUGGAGGUGACCUCUGGAGCUGCUACAUGGACUUUGAGACGCGGCGUAUGGACAGUUGGGAGAAGAUCGUGCCAGCCUUUAAGUACGACAAGGAAGUACCAUUCUUUGAGAUGUUGGUGCCGACGGUCGACACUGUGCGCUUCGGCUAUCUGUUACAGAAGCUGCUCGCUGUUCGCUUCUCAGUUCUCUUCACUGGAGGGACUGGCGUUGGCAAGUCUGUGAUUGCUAGAGGUCUACUUAACAACAUCGCAGAGAAAGCUGAUUACGUGCCAAUCUUCAUCAACUUCUCCGCACAGACCAGCAGUAAACGUACACAGGAGAUGCUGGAAGGGAAGCUGGAAAAGAGAAGGAAAAAUGUCAUUGGUGCCCCCGUUGGAAAGCGAGUAAUAAUCUUCAUCGACGAUCUCAACAUGCCUAAGCUAGACACGUACGGCUCACAGCCUCCUAUUGAGCUUCUACGACAGUACCAGGACUUUGGCGGGAUGUAUGACCGUCAGAAACUCAACUGGAAGGAGAUACAGGAUGUAACUCUUGCAGCUGCAUGUGCGCCCCCUGGUGGUGGCCGUAAUCCUGUGUCACCCCGAAUGUUCCGUCAUUUUGCUAUGCUCUGUAUUCCUUCACCUUCAGAGCACAGCCUGAAGCACAUGUUUAUGCAAAUUCUGAACGGGUUCCUGAUGGAUUUCCCGACCUCGGUGCGACAGUGCACGGAUGCCAUUGUAUCUGCUGCCGUAGAGAUCUACGGGAGAAUGUACACUGACCUUCUGCCCACGCCUGCAAAGUCUCACUACGUCUUCAACCUCCGAGAUCUCUCCAAAUGUGUACAGGGUAUACUCCAGGCCGAUACUGGUGUGAUCAGAGACAAUAAACAGAUGUUCCGUCUAUUUUGUCACGAGGCGAUGCGUGUAUUCCACGACCGCCUCAUCAACAACGAGGACAAGCAGUUUUUCUACACAAUCCUGUCUGAGAUGGCAAACAAACACUUUGGGGAGAAUGUAGAACCAGCCUCCUUCGUCACAAACCCGAUCCUAUUUGGGGAUUACAUCAAGAUGGGGGCGGAACCUGCAGACCGUCUGUACGAGGAACUUGAAUUACAGAAGGUCAAAAAUGUACUGCAAGAUUACCUGGAUGACUUCAACAUGCAAUCCUCGAAGGAGAUGAAGUUGGUGUUCUUCCUGGAUGCCAUAGAGCACGUGUCACGUAUAACCCGUAUGAUUCGACAGGAGCGAGGCAACGCCCUUUUGGUGGGAGUCGGUGGAACAGGAAAACAGUCCCUAACCAGACUUGCCGCCCAUAUCUGUGGCUACAAGAGUUUCCAGAUCGAGCUGAGUCGAGGCUACGACUAUAACUCGUUCCACGAAGAUCUGAAGAAACUGUACCAGUUAGCAGGUGUGAAGAAUCAACACACUGUCUUCCUGUUCACAGACACACAGAUUGUAGUUGAGGAAUUCCUGGAGGAUAUCAAUAACGUCCUUAACUCUGGCGAGGUGCCAAACCUGUUUGAAGCCGAUGAGUAUGAGCAGCUCAUCAUUGGAUGUCGUGCCGGAGCCAAGGAGGCGGGCAUUCCCGAGGGCAACCGCGACGCCAUCUAUGAAUUCUGUAUCAACAGAGUGAGGAAUAACCUGCACAUUGUGUUGUGUAUGAGUCCUGUGGGGAAUGCGUUCCGUACGCGUUGUCGAAUGUUCCCGUCCCUCGUAAACUGUUGCACCAUUGAUUGGUUCACUGAGUGGCCGAGGGAGGCUCUGCUGGGUGUGUCCAAGUCCUUCUUUGAAAAUGUUGACCUUGGCAAGGAUGAACUCAAGACGUCCAUCGCUGAGAUGUGUGUGGAAAUUCAUACGAGUGUCAGCACUAUGGCUGAGCGGUUUUACGCCCAGUUGAAGCGACGUUACUACACCACGCCCACCAGCUACUUGGAGCUCAUCAACCUUUACCUCAGCAUGCUGGGCGAAAAAGCAAAGUCGCUGAGGAAUGCUCGAGAUCGUGUCCAAAACGGUCUCCUCAAGCUCCUAGAGACAAACGAUCUGGUUGACAACAUGAAGAAGGAGCUGGUGGCCCUCGAGCCAGAGCUGAAGAAGAAGUCGCUCGACACAAACAACUUGAUGGAGCGUCUAGUGGUGGACCAGGAGUCUGCGGACAAGGUGCGUAAAGUUGUCAUGGAAGAUGAGGCCACAGCCAAGGCUAAAGCUGAGGAGACCCAGGCCAUCGCAGACGACGCCCAGAGAGAUUUGGACCAAGCCCUUCCCGCCCUAGAGGCUUCCGUAAAGGCUCUGGAUUCCCUCGACAAGAAUGACAUUUCUGAGAUCCGUGUCUUCUCUAAACCCCCUGAGUUGGUGCAGACGGUGAUGGAGGCUGUUUGUAUCCUGAUGGGAGCAAAGACAGACUGGGCAGCAGCCAAAUCCGUGUUGGGCGACUCAAACUUCCUAAAAAACAUGUUGAACUAUGAUAAAGACAGCAUCUCGGAGUCAACCAUUAGGAAACUGAAGAAAUAUGUCGAGAACCCGAAAUUUGUCCCAGAAACUGUGGAGAAAGUGUCAAAGGCUUGUAAAUCUAUGUGUAUGUGGGUGCUAGCCAUGGAUUGCUAUUCCAAAGUGUUUAAGACUGUGGAGCCAAAAAGACAAAAACUUGCAGCAGCUGAAUCAGAACUUCAGACUGUCAUGUCCUUGUUGAAAGAAAAACAGGACCAAUUGGCUGCUGUGGAGGCAAAGAUUGCAGAGCUGCAGAAGAUCUACGAUGAAAGCGUCUCAGAGAAACAGAAACUGGAGCGCAAUAUCGCUCAGACAGCGUCCCGUCUCAAACGAGCUGCCAAGCUGACGACAGCUUUGGGUGACGAGCAAGUGAGGUGGGAUGAAACUGUCAAGGAAUUUAAUAAACAGAUAGGUAAUGUUGUUGGAGACGUGUUUGUGUCCGCGGCUUGUGUGGCGUACUACGGGGCGUUUACAGCGACAUACCGACAGGAACUGGUGACCGGCUGGACGGAGCGCUGUCAGGAGAUGGAGAUCCCAGUCACUUCUGGAAUGACCAUCAUUUCCAUUCUUGCUGAUCCCUUCGAGAUCCGACAGUGGAACAUGGACGGUCUACCAAAGGAUCAACUGUCUACAGAGAACGCCAUCUUGGUGACCCGCGGCCGACGCUGGCCCCUCAUGAUAGAUCCGCAGGAACAGGCUAACCGCUGGAUUAGGAACAAGGAAGCUAAGAAUGGCCUGAAGUUUAUCAAGCUGACCGACGCUAAUUUCCUACGGACACUGGAGAACUGUAUACGUAUUGGUAUGCCAGUCCUGUGUGAGGAUCUGGGCGAGACACUGGACCCCGCGCUGGAGCCUGUUCUCCUCAAACAGACCUUUAUGUCGGGUGGACGUUUGCUGAUCCGUCUGGGUGACAGCGAUAUUGACUACGAUCGUAACUUCCGUUUCUACAUGACGUCUAAGAUGACCAACCCCCAUUACCUCCCUGAAGUUUGCAUCAAAGUGACCAUCAUCAACUUCACUGUGACCAAACAAGGGUUGGAGGACCAGUUACUAGGGGAUGUGGUCGGCUUAGAGAGGCCAGACUUGGAGGAACAGAGAAAUCAACUGAUCAUGAAAAUCAACGCCGACAAGAACCAGCUGAAGGCCAUUGAGGACAGGAUUCUUAAGCUUCUGUUCGAAUCAGAGGGCAACAUCUUGGACAAUGAGGAGCUUAUCAACACACUUAACGAGUCCAAGGUGACCUCAGGCGUGAUAAAGCAGCGUCUUGCUGAGGCAGAGGUGACAGAGGAGAAAAUAAACACAGCUCGUGAGAAGUAUAUCCCAGUGGCGGCGCGUGGCUCCGUCAUGUACUUUGUCGUGGCCGACAUGGGCGAGGUCGACCCAAUGUAUCAGUUCUCACUGAAGUACUUCAAACAGCUUUUCAACACUACCAUCUCAAUGAGUGAGAAGAGCCCCGACCUGCAGGCACGUCUGAGGAUCUGUCUGAAAGAAACAACGAGUGCUAUCUACAAAAACGUGGCCAGGGCACUGUUUGAAAAAGACAAGAUUGUAUUCUCCUUCAUGCUAUGUGUGGAGAUAAUGAAACAGGAGGGCCACAUCGCCAUGCCCGAGUGGAACUUCUUCCUGCGGGGCGCCACUGGUAUGGACCGCCAGCGAGCCCCCAAACCUGACGUUGAUUUCAUUAAGAUACUCACUUGGAACCAGGCGUGUGAUAUCAGCGAUACCGUGCCUAUCUUCAGAGGUGUCCAUACAGACCUCAUCAAGACACCUGUGUGGGUCAAACUCGGGGAAACGGAGAUCCAUGCUAACCCAGAUGAGUACAGUACAUACGAACCACAUCCCCCAGCACCGGAACCGCUCAAGGAAGGUCAGGAACAGGAAAUCGAGGUCGACGACGGUACCAUCAAAGGUCACUGGAACUUACGUCUGACAAGCUUCCAGAAACUCAUGUUCAUCAAGGUGUUCAAGGAGGAGAAGACAAUUUUUGCUGUCACUGACUUCGUGCGUGAGAACCUCGGACAGCAGUUCGUGGAGAGUCCGCCCGUCAGUCUUCAGACUCUGUAUGACGACAUGAACAAGACCACGCCACUCGUGUUCGUACUGAGCACAGGUUCUGACCCCAUGGGAGCCUUCCUGAGGUUCGCGCGGGAGAAAGGCUACUCAGACAAGAUCCAGUCUAUCUCCCUAGGGCAGGGCCAGGGACCUGUGGCCGAGAAACUCAUCUCAAGUUCUGUGAAGUCUGGAGACUGGGUGAUCUUACAGAAUUGUCACUUGGCUGCAUCCUGGAUGUUGUCUAUGGAGAAUGUGGUGAAACAGAUGGGAGAGGCACCACAGGACAUUCACGAAGACUUCCGCCUCUUCCUCAGCUCAAUGCCCUCCACGACCUUCCCUGUCAGUGUCCUUCAGAACAGUGUCAAGGUCACCAAUGAACCGCCCAAGGGCCUACGUGCAAAUAUGAGGCGUGCAUUCGGCGAGAUGACGCCCACAUUCUUUGAGGAAAACGUGCUCGGAGUGAAAUGGAAGAGAAUGAUCUUCGGAAUCUGUUUCUUCCACGCCAUAAUCUUAGAGAGGAAGAAGUUCGGACCACUAGGGUGGAAUAUCCGGUACGAGUUCAGUGACAGUGACCGAGAGUGUGCCCUACUCAACCUACAAAUGUUCUGUAAGGACGGAGCCAUACCCUGGGACGCACUCAUCUACAUCGCAAGGGAGAUUACAUAUGGUGGGCGUGUCACCGACGUACAAGACAAAAGAUGUCUGGGCACGGUACUCAAAACAUUCUUCUACCCAGAGACGCUCGACCCAGACUACAAGUACUCACCAUCAGGUAUUUACUAUGCCCCUGAUAUGGAAGAACUGCAGCAGUACAGAGAUUACAUCGAGUCCUUACCGCAGAUUGAGGAACCAGAAAUAUUUGGCAUGCACGAAAACGCCAAUAUAGCAUUCCAGAACCAAGAAACAAUGGCACUGGUAACAACUAUACUAGACGUCCAGCCGCGUUUGUCCUCAGGUGGUACUGGCAAGUCAAACGACGAUAUCGUGUACGAGCUGGCUGAGAGUAUUCUUGAGAAGGUUAUGGGUAAACUGGACAUUGACGAGGCUAACCAGGAAAUGUUUGCGCUGGACGCCAAGGGUCGUCUUAACUCAUUAACGACUGUCCUAACCCAGGAGGUUGAUCGCUUCAAUAAUCUCCUCAAGGUCAUCAAGGACUCCCUGCUGACUCUACAGAAGGCCAUCAAGGGGUUGGUGGUGAUGAGCGAGGCCCUAGAAGGGGUCUACAACGCCUUCCUUAACAAACAAGUGCCAAGCAUGUGGGCCAAUGCGGCCUACCCCUCCCUGAAGCCCCUCGCCUCAUGGGUGGAGGACCUGACUCACCGUACCGCUUUCAUUGACAACUGGAUCAGACAUGGACUCCCGAAGUCCUACUGGAUGUCCGGCUUCUUUUUCCCUCAAGGUUUCCUGACGGGGUCGCUACAGAAUUACGCCCGUAAGUACAACCUACCCAUCGACCACCUGUCCUUCCACUUCCACCCCAUGAAGUUUACCCGGGACCAGAAAGAGGUCACCAAACAGAUGGCCGAGCUGAAGUUUGGGGAGGAGAUAGAACUUGAUAAAGAGAUUGACCUCCCUGCUGACGGCGUACUAGUACAUGGCAUGUUCAUGGACGGAUGUCGCUGGGACCCGGAGGACAUGGUGGUGGUGGACUCCGUCCCUGGCAUCAUGAACGAUGUCCUCCCCGUUAUCCAUAUGGAGCCUAAGAUGGACUUUAGUCCUGACCCCGAGGACUACAGAGCUCCUCUGUACAAGACAUCAGCCCGUGCAGGUGUCCUCUCCACCACAGGUCACUCAACAAACUUCGUAGUGAUGACACAUCUUCCGUCCAAUUUCUCAAAUGAUUACUGGAUCGCGAAGGGCGCUGCCUUGCUGUGCCAGCUCAAUGAGUAACAAGGGACAUAACUCUCGCAUAGAGAGCUCAUCAAAAAUCAUCAAUUUGUGAAAAAAAACUUCCAAUACGGUUGCUGACCUGUAUAUUGGAUAAACCUAAUGUGCUAUUUGUGGUAAAAGGUGUCUGCUACAAAUGUUAACUUUCCAUGGAGUAAAUCUAUGUGUUUAAAUUUAAUAGAAGUGUAAUAUAUUGGACUUUAAAAGUCCUGGACUAUUGUGUAAUCUGUGCACUUCUUGUGUAUAUAAAGACAAUAUGAUUUCAUGCGUAAACAUAAAAAGUACUGUUGAUUACUUGUAAGAAAACUCUGUUAGCUUGACGGCAUAGGAACAUAUCUUUCAGUGAUAUUUUCUGUAGUUUUAAAAUACAAAAACAUAAAGUAACUAUAUCUGUCAGAAGUUUAAAUAGUUUCAGUCGAAAGAACAGUAUAAAAAUAUCAGCCACCAAAAAAUAAAAUUUGAAAAUUAGCUUUAUAUUAUAAAGCUGACAAUGCUGAGAAGAAUAGAUUUCUGACCAUUUAGUGGGUGUGUCUAGUGCCUGUUUAUAUCUCCAGUGUCUUUAACAUAUUAUUGGCUGUAAUUCUUCAUCAAAAUGUGCCUUGUUUAAAUCAUACAUGUAGCUUUAAGUCAUCAAUUUAUUUUAUAUAUUCUGCGUAUUUAUUUGCCUUUCUGUUAAUCUUUUUCGGAUUAUAUUAUUUACUUUUGUUAUUUUUGUUUCCUUGUUGAUGCCGUCCAUUUGACUGUGAUAUUCCCAGGAUAGAGGCCGGGAGUCGGCCUUUAGCGAAAACUUAUUUAUUUAAUAUUUAAGACUUGACAGAACAAUUGAUAAAACAAACAGGUGAUAUUUCAGGUUAAUUUUAUACAAUGACACAGUAUUCAGUAUGUAGAUUAUUAAUUAAAUGCAUCAAAUAUGUAUAUAUGUAAUUCUUAAUUAAAUGUGUCCCGUAUAUAUUUACUUAAUUCAUAAAUUGAUGAGUUUAAAUUGUACUAUUAAUAUAAGUGUAUAGUUUUGAAUGUACCAAAAUUAUUUUUUUGUUUAAAACAUGACGUGGUCACAUGUAUGUCAUGUGACAUGAUGGGGUCACAUGUGUCGUUAUAUGUCAUGUUGCCUGUGAACUGCGAGAUAAGAAACAGCUUUCACACAACUUCAUCAGUGUUAAGUUUUUGUUGUGUGCUGAUCACAAUAAAUAAAUGAAUAUUUAC